AUGCAAUCAUACCGGGCCUUCGCGUCCAACAUCUCGAAGAUUUGCAUCUUUUUCAGCGCUACGAUCGCACCGGUAGGUCGGUAUCGGGCUUUGUAUACGACCGAGAACUGGCCCUUUCCUAUGCGCUUCUCUAUGUCAAAGUUCUCGAGUCGUCCGUCGAUGCCGUUCCCCACGUUCGCGGUUAACAUACCGUUCCCCUCCUCGGACAUGGCGUAUGGGCUACUGUUCCCCAUUACCAACACUGACUGUCCACCUCCCAACCCUCACAUUAGGUAUAACUACUACCCAUCCAUUCACUGUAAAUACGACACAAGGCUGUUAGUUUUGGAAAAGUGGUUCAAAGAGAUACUAUCACUGAAUAAACAGAUCCCAGAAACUUAA